AUGGAUAGAGUAAUCCAGACAGCAUUGAUUUUUACUGUACUGAAUAUCAGUUAUCUAUUAUCUGUCAAUGGACAAUCAACACAAUUGAAUACAUAUUGCAAUCCAAUCAAUAUUGAUUACACGUACGCAAUUUACAAUGCGCACGAAAAUAUUUCGUAUCGUUCAGGAGCUGAUCCAGCCGUGGUGAAAUUUCGAAAUGAAUAUUAUAUGUUUGUGACACGUUCGAUGGGCUAUUGGCAUUCCACGGAUUUACUUACUUGGACAUUCAUCACACCUGAAAAAUGGUAUUUUCAAGGAUCGAACGCACCAGCUGCUCAUAAUUAUAAAGAUUUAGUUUUAUAUGUUGCCGGCGAUCCCUCCGGUUCGAUGAGUAUUCUCUACACCGACAAUCCGAAGAAAGGCGAUUGGAAAGCAGUACCUUUCAUUCUAAGUGAUUUACAAGAUCCAGCACUCUUUAUUGACGAUGAUGAUAAGGCAUACAUGUUCUGGGGAUCAUCAAAUGUUUAUCCCCUUCGAGCACGAACAUUGGACAAAAAUGAUCUCUUUCGUCCAUCGAAACAAAUCUAUGAACUGUUCAAUCUAGACGAAAGCAAACAUGGAUGGGAACGUUUCGGUGAAAAUCAUGGUGACACCGUUAUUGAAGGAUAUAUGGAAGGUGCUUGGUUAACUAAAUACAAUAAUACAUAUUAUAUGCAAUAUGCUGCUCCUGGUACCGAAUUCAAUGUCUACGGUGACGGUGUUUACAUGAGUAAAUCACCGCUUGGACCAUAUCGUUAUGCACCAAACAACCCGGUGUCGUAUAAACCGGGUGGAUUUAUGAACGGUGCUGGACAUGGUAGUACAGUCAUAGGACCCGAGAAUAAACAUUGGCAUUUUGCGACGAUGGCUCUGUCUGUCAAUAUGAAUUGGGAACGACGUAUAUGUAUGUUUCUAACAGGUUUCGACAAAGAGGGUUUGAUGUACACCGAUACAACAUUUGGAGAUUAUCCUCAUUAUGCACCAGCUGUUGCAGGAAAGAUGGGUACAUUUACUGGUUGGAUGUUGUUGUCUUAUAAGAAACCAGUUCAAGUGUCGUCUACCUAUGAGAGAUAUCGAGGAGAACAUUUAGUUGAUGAAAAUGUGAAAACAUUUUGGGUAGCAGAAAAGAACGAUGGUCAACAAUGGAUAGAAAUUGAUUUGGUUAAUACGUCAACUGUCAAUGCAAUUCAGCUCAAUUAUCAUGAUUUUCAAUCGAAUAUAUUUGGCAAGAAACCAGGAUUGUAUCAUCGUUAUUUUAUCGAAGCUUCGCUUGAUCGGAAAACUUGGUGGGUGUUAGUCGAUAGAAAAACAAGUUACAAAGAUGUGCCUAAUGAUUAUAUUGAAAUAGGUACUCCUCGAAUGGUUCGAUAUGUUCGUUACAGAAACAUUCAUGUACCAACGCCAAGACUUGCAAUAUCGGACUUGCGAAUCUUCGGUCGUGGUAGAGGUCGAUCACCCAGAAAAGUAACAAAUUUAUUGGUGAGACGAUAUCAAGAUCGACGUGAUGCAAUAAUUACAUGGGAACAACAAGCGAAUUGUCAAGGCUAUAACGUUCUUUGGGGUAUUGCUCCGAACAAAUUGUAUAGUUCAUGGUUGGUGUAUGACAAGAACUUUUUACAAUUGAAAAGCUUAACAGUUGAUCAAAGUUAUUAUUUUGCGGUCGAAGCUUUCAACGAAAAUGGAGUUUCAGAAAGAACAUCGACUAUUAAAUGUGCAUAG